AUGUCUUCCCCCCCCCACUACCACUCUUUAUCUAUCUAUCUAUCUAUCUAUCUAUCUAUCUAUCUAUCUAUCUAUCUAUCUAUCACAGUCUUUCCAUAUAUAUCUAACUCAGUUCAUAUCUAUCUAUCAAUCUAUCUAUUACAUCUUUCCAUCUCUCUCUCUCUCUCUCUCUCUCUAUCUAUCUAUCUAUCUAUCUAUCUAUCUCUCUCAGUCGGUUUAUAUCUAUCUUCUUUUCUUCCUCUCUCUUCUUUCUUUUCUUUUUUCCUUUUCUGUCUUACACUGUUUCUUUUUGCUCACUCGUCAUUUUUUCUCUUUUCUUUUUUCUCAUAUCUUUUUUCUUCAUAUAUUUUUCCUCCUUAUUUUUAUUACUUUUUCUUUGAAUUUUCUUUUUUUCCUCUGUCUGUGUGUGUGUGUGUGUGUCUUUCUUUUUUUGGUAUCUUCAUUUUUGCUUUCUCUCUCCCCCUCUCCCCCUCUCCCCCCCCUCUCUCUCUCUCUCUCUCUCUCUCAUUCUUGCCGUUUCUUCUUUAUCAUAUUAUCUUUCCUUUUCUAAUCCCUCUCCCUUUUUUGGUCAUUUUUCUCUCUCCUUUAUUCUUCUUCCUUUCGCUCUUCUCUAUCUUUCCUUCCAUUUCUAUUUUCAAUCUAUUUCGCUUGCUCUUUUUCUUCUCACUUUCUUUUUGCGAUUUUUCUUUUUUUUUUAAUCUUCCUUCUUUCCAUCCUUCCUUCCUUCCUUCCUAA